AUGGGCGUUUUGCGGAUGCUGCGCCGCUGUGGGAUGCCACGCUGGUCAGCCGUGCUCGUGCCGUUCCUCUUCUACGCCAUCUUCAUCAUCGUGGUGCUGAAUCUCUCCUUCCCGCUGAAGAAGGCCACCGAGGACACCACGCCGGAUUACGUCUCCGUGCCGCCCAAGGCGCCCGAGACCGUGAUCCUGGCCAGCGCCGACACGGAUGGCACGAAUCUCCUGCGCGCCGCCUUCCGCAAGGCUGACCUCGACGCCGACGGCUUCCUGGCCAUCCAGGAGCUGGCGAGGUACAUCAACACGCGCGUCCGCGAGCAUAUCCAGGCGGCGGUGCGUGCCAAUCCGUUCGCCUUCGCGGAGAUCGAUGUGUCACCGCGCGACGGCCUCGUGACGUGGGAAGAGUACCACGCGCACUUCCUCAAGGAUCACGGCCUGGACGAGGACUACAUCGGCGCGCACAGUGAGCAGAAGCACGUGGGCCUGGACAGGAAGACCAAGGAGACCAUCAUGCGCGACAAAGCGCUGUGGCUGGAAGCGGCGCGCACGGAUCCCUUCAGCCUCACGCUGGAUGAAUUCCUCGCCUUCCGCCACCCAGAGUCCAGCGCCGCCAAUCUGCUGAGCCUCGUCGAUGAUCUGCUGCGCCAAUUUGACCUGGACGGCGAUGAUGUGCUCACGCUGGAGGAGUUCAGCUCCAAUCCUGACGACGACGAUGACGCCAAGCUGGCCAAUUCUGCGUCCCAUCGCAAGAGUGUGGCCGAAAAGCGUGAAGAGUUCCGCCGGCUGAUCGACAAGAACAGCGACGGACGAGCAGAUCGUGCUGAAUUGCUGUCGUACAUUGAUCCGCGGCAUCCGCGGCACAGUUUGCAGGAAUCGGCGACGCUCUUCAGCCUCGCGGACGCCAAUCGCGACGGCAAGUUGUCCUUAGACGAGGUGCUGAGUCAGGCCGGCGUCUUUCUCGCCUCCAAGAUGAUCAACACAUCGGAGAAUUUCCACGAAGACUUCUAGAAAAAAACAUUUCCGUCCUUUUUUGAUCGCGUGAGAUUUGUUGCAGCAACAAAUCUCUCUCUCUCUCUUCAGUGCAGAAAUCGCGCUAAUUGGCGGCAUUUUGCAUUAUAUAUUGUACAUACUUUCUGGCGUUCCGGGCUGCUUUUCCAGAGCUUCAAGCAUCACAGCUGCAAUACAGCAUCCGAGGUGGAUUCUAUCUUCAUUUGCGCCAGUGAAAUUUAUGGAAACAUUGAUCCAGACCAACAAUGGUGAAAUACUCCUGGCUAGUAUUGAAAUUCAACCACAAUCGAGUGCUGGAAUUGUAAUUUAUGCCACUCGAAAAGUCGAGCGCCACUCAUUGAACAUGUCGAGUCUGCAGAAGACAGCAGGAAAUGUAUUGGAAAGGACUGCUUAAGAGGCUCAACGACAGAUUUGCCCUCAAUUUGAGGGGCGAAUCAAUAAUUCAACUGACUUUAAAGACAUUGAAAUUUCCAGCAAUUCACCGAAUCUUCAGCUGCAGACCGUCCAAAAAGGCCAAAAUCUUGUCACUCCUUCUCGAAUUGCAAGGAAAAAUUUUCACAGCACAAGAAAGAAAAAAAAGCACAAAUUCGAGAGCACUGAAUGUGAAUUAGAAUUACAAUGGAAACGGAGAUUUUCAUACAGAAAAAAGUGUUCAUAAAAUGUCCAAAAAAAAAGUAGUUGAAGAAGCAAAAUGUAGAAUAAAUAUCGAUAAAUCACAACUUUG